AUGUCUUCAUCAUUUAGUCAACCUGCUAGCCACUCUUUCAUGCCUUCGUUUGAAUUCACUCCGUCUUCAUCUCCCAGCAUUUCUAGGCCAGAUAAUGGAGUCGAUGGUAAUUCGACAUCCCCAUAUACUGAUAGUGAUACAGCUACACAGCCUCCUACACAGACUUCUAUACGAAGGCAGGAUCCUCCAAAUAUUGGAAAAUAUGAUGAUCUUCGGAGGUUGAUUAUUGUGCCCGAUGGAGCAGGCUUUUAUCCUUCUCAGGCUACGAAAGUCGUGGUUGAAUCGAUGUGUUCAUUUUAUCACGCACCAUGGAGGUUUUGGUCAGAUGUUCCAAGUCACAUUAGGGACAGAAUGUUUGCUGAAUUUAGGAUGAAGUGUGCAUUGUCACGCGAUUUUAAAGCUGAGGAAAAGGCUAAAGGAAGACCAGUUACUCAUGAUGAGGUGUUUGAGGAAACUCACAUGAAGAAGUUGAAGGAUGGAAUAAAAACGACUUGGAUCGAGCCGCGCGCUGAGACAACCCAUGAUCGUGAUUUCUGGGUAGCGAAGAUUACAGAGUUGUAUCUUCAAGAAAGGGCUGCAAGGGAAGAAAAGGCAAAGCGAAGGGAGGAAGAAGAUAGGCGAAGGGAAGAAGAGGAAAGGCGAAGGGAGGAAGAAAUGGGGCGAAAGGACGAUGCAUUAAGACUUGUCACUAGUGAUGUUAAAGUCUCAAGUCUCAGAUAA